GGAACUAGUACCUUGCUUUACAACCACUUCACAUCUUUUUUGCCUCUUCAGCUUUUUUACACAAAAAUCAAGUAAAUGCACUCUCAAAAUUUCAUCUAAAUUCUAACACUAUAACCAAACCCCAUUUCCUUCCAUUCUCCUCUCCAAAACAAAAUGUUCAUGCCCUGGUGCUUUUCUCAUCUUUUCUUUCUUUAUUUUGCUCUAAAUGCUGCAGUUGGUCAUGAAUCAGUAGAGCUCUCAACUCUUGUGACUUUUCCAAGAACUGACAUUACUACUAGUGCAGUUUCUUUGCCUAUUCAAGACCUUUAUGGAGUGUCCACUAAUGUUCUUGAAGCUGAAAGUUGGCUAAGAAGCAAUGUUUUAGCUCACUAUCCAGCUACAAAUAUCACUACUAUUCUUGUUGGUCACACACUUUUGUGCAAAAUAAAUCAAGAAAACAGAAUGAGGUUAAUCUUGCCAUCAGCUAAGAACAUUUACUACUCACUUACAAGAUGGGGUUUGCAUACUGAAAUCAAAGUGUCCACUUCUUUUUCUUCCAACUGUUUGGACCAAGAUUCUGGUUUGUACAAUCUUGAUUUGGCUCAAGAGUAUAUUAAACCUCUUCUUGACUUCUUUCAACAUGUUAAUGCACCAUAUGUAGUGAACUUAGGAUAUUUGGAUGUAAAGAUUGAAUCUUUGAUGAAUAGUCAUAUAGGGUCUAUGAAAAAGUUGGGAAAUUUUAGCCUAAACAAGAUUUUCUUGAUUAGUGAGAAACCUAAACAGGGAAGAUCCUUAAGUAGAAAGCUCUCAACUUUUGACUCAAAAUACAGUAAUUUUCCUACAAGGCCAACCCCAUUAGCCCCAAAUCCAAAUCUGCCAUCUCCAGCAUUUGCUGCUAACAGUCCACUUCCUCCAUUAAUUGGAAACAUUUCACCUCCUUUUGCUCCUGAAAUGGCUCCUCCAUUGUUCAAUCCUAUUAGCCCUUCUUAUGGACCCCAUUUGCCACCUUGUAUACCAUCUCAUGGUGGGGGGUGGGGUGGGGGUCCAGUAGGUGCACCAGUAACAGGAGGUCAUGGUGGUCGUGGGCUAUGGUGUGUAGCUAAGCCUAGUGUACCACCAGAGACAUUGCAAGAGGCAUUAGAUUAUGCAUGUGGUGAAGGAGAUGCUGAUUGUGAAGCUAUAAGUCCUAGUGGAAGUUGUUUUUACCCUGAUACUGUUGUGGCUCAUGCUUCUUAUGCUUUCAAUAGUUACUGGCAGAAAACAAAAGGCAAUGGUGGUACUUGUGGAUUUGGAGGCACAGCUAUGCUAAUUAACUCUGAUCCAAGCCAUCUCCAUUGUCGAUUCAUUCUUGCUUGAUACAAGUAGAAUGGAUGGAACUUUGGAAUGCAAAAUGAAUGGAAUGAAGGUGCUGGCAUGAAGAGAAUUGGGAUCAAGAUGUUGAAAAUUUGUUUUUGGUGUUACCUCUAGUAUAGAUUUGUAGGAAUUAGGUUUGCUUUAGGAGUUUAGAUGAGCCAAUGGGCUCUAGAAACUCUUUGGCUAGUGACUUCCAUUUUUCUUAUUGCACAAUAUUUGUACUUGUAGUUUACCACUCUACUUUGCCCUUUCUCGACUCUUCCAUUAGUAGCUAAAUGCCAUGUGCUAAUGAA